AUCAGCAGCAAUCUCCUAUUGAAAGCAAUCGUGCAGCAAUCAAGCACUAUAUUGUGGGGCGGGGAGGAAUCUCAAUAGCUUCCAUCAGAGUUGGCAACUGUACCUUCAUCUGGGAGGUGUGGUGAUUCGGCGAAAGAGCAGGGGAUUGGGAGCUGGGUUCUUCUGUGUCCUUUGCCCAGUUACUUAUGAGGAAAUGGGCUGGGAUUUUCCCUUUGCUAUUUAACUCACUGGUUGAAGAGCAUGCUCCUGAGCAGAGGCAGACAGGCACUGCAAGAAAGCUGAAGAUCCUUCUGCUCCUCCUCCACCUGAUUCUUGUUACAAAAUAUGGUGUUCACCAGAAACCUCCCUUUGCUCCUCUGCAUGGGCAUCGUGAGCGGAUUCCGCCCCAACCAUGAAUCAGGGGGCAUUGCCUCAUCCGACUUUACUGAUACCGACAUCACGGAAAUGGGGGUGCUGAGGGCCGUUGCCUGGUUCAUGGAGAGGAAUCCUCUGCCUGGAAAACCUCCCAUGGCUCCAGGACAGCUGGAAAAUAUGAAGCCCAUGACUGCUAGUGGACUGUUCAAGGCCUAUUUCCAAGCUGAAGUCUCUGCCAAUCGAUUCAUCAAAGCCAUUCAGGAAAUUAUUGCUGGGAAUAAUCAAGUGGAGAUCUACCACCUGGACGACAGUAGCUUCUUCUUCCACUGUGAAGAGAUUGCCAAAAGUAUUAACCAACUUCGAGUCCUACGUGAUUCUGUGCUCUCUGGCCUGAAAAGCUCUGUGAACUCAUCAGCUUUGGAAUCGGCUCGCCUAAGUGCUGGGAAAGCUCUCCACGUGCUCCAAAAAUUCUACAGCAACACAAACUGGGUUGAGCUGGGAAACACCGUUCCAUACGAAUACCUGUUAAAUGCAAACAGUUCUGCUUUCCCUGCUGCCCCUGCAACUAAGAAAACUUGUGCGGACUGCAGCAAAGAACCAAGUGGCAAGUAUCUAUGCAAUGGAAACAUAUUAGUGAACGACCUGCUCACAAGUGGGUACAAGUCAUCAGCAACAUGCAGGACCAAACCCCCAGGCAAAUGUGGGCAUGGUGGGAGAAACGACAUCUACCAAAACUACCACCCCACCGGAGGCAUCAACAAAGAGACCUCUGACCCCCUGCUCUCCCCGCACUAUCUCAUGCAUCAACAAGCAGCUGAGCUUGCCAUACGUGCCACCAGGGACUUCUUCGUAGGAGCUGGAUCUGGCCUCCUGGAUCAGGUGGGCAGCAAUACUUUCCAGAAGUUUUUCAAUUUGGAAGGCUAUUCCCUCACCUUCACAAUAGAUACCACCGGCAGCAUGUCCAACGAUAUUGCCCAGGUCAAAACCAUUUGUAUCGAACUCCUCCGGAAAUAUGCUGGCUCCCCUGAUGCACCCUUCGAGUACAUUCUCGUACCCUUCAAUGAUCCAGAGGUGGGACCUGUCUUUAAGACCCAUGACGUGGAUCAGUUUCAGUCCUAUAUCUCUGCACUCAGAGUUGAUGGUGGUGGGGACUGUCCAGAGAUGUCACUAACCGGUCUGAAGUUGGCUCUGCAAGCGAGCAUGCCCAGAUCCAAGAUCUUCACCUUUACUGACGCUGGAGCCAAAGACGCAUUCCUGAUGGAUGAAAUCAAAGUCCUGCUUGAUGCAACUGGGUCUGAGGUGAACUAUGCCCUCACAGGAUAUUGCGCCAGCCGGAGACGCCGAAGUGCUGCCGAGGACGGACCUGAAGCUUCUGACAGAAGCCAUGCAAACCUCUAUGAAGAACUAGCAGCAUAUUCCGGUGGCUUCUAUGUGAUGACCACCAAAAGCGAGCUCUCUCAAGUCUUGGGCAUAAUGGAGCUCUCCCUGAAUGCUGCCCCUGUUAAGGUGGCCCGUGGUCAUCUGAAUGGGACUCACCUCACCUUCCCUGUGGAUGAGACUCUUGCUGAAAUAACAGUGUCAGUCAAGAGCUUGGGGUUCUACGGAUUCAGAGUUACUGUGCUGAAGCCUUCAGGCGCCUCGCUGGAAUCUACACAGAUGGUGAUCAACACAGCCAACCACAAGAUUGUGAAGGUGUCCCCUAUCGAAGAGAGGGGCGAGUGGUCUGUGACUCUGUUUCCCAGUGGAAUCUAUGAGGUGGAAAUCGGAGGCAAGAGCUUGCUGGACUUCUCCUACCAGAUUAUGCAGAAGCAGAAGGAGUAUGUGCUUCCAGUCCAGGGACGGCCUGUAAAAGGAUCAAACUACACCAUCUCCAUGAAGCUGAUGGGAGAUGCUAAAAGUGUUCAAGUCGAGCGCCUGGUUGCAAUUUCUGGACUCGGAGCCCCCAUAGAAUCAGUCUCUUUGAAUCAAACCUACGAUGCCCUUGGAAACCCCUUGGCUAUCACUCCCUUUUCCUUCCAUGAAGUGACCACCCUAUUGCGUGUGGAAGGCCUGUCUCCGGGGAAUCUCUCCUUUUCACGAGUCAGCUCUGAUCCCAUCAGCACAGAAUCUGUACAGAUCAUCUCUUUGGCAGAUCAAAACAGCACAAUGUCACCCGGAGAGAGCCUGGACCUCUCUGUUCUGGUGGUGAAUGAUGGGGCAGCUGCAUCCUUCUCUUUUAAUGUCUGGGAUGACCUGGGUCUCCUGAGGAGUUUCACACCAUCUGGGAGUCAUCUAAAUCCAGGUGGAAGUAUCACCCUCACUGCAACCUUUGUGGCAGCUGGAGAUAAUAGCAGCUUUGCCUCCAGCAUCGCAACGUUCACAGCGACAAGCUCUGCAGCCCAGAACUACCUGAAACUGCCCAUCACCGUGAUUCCUGAAAUCGCCCUGGAAACCGACGAAAUCCCACCCGUCCACAAGCUGCUUGACUUUUAUAUGCCUUGUGUAGGCAGUAUCCAGCACCAACCUGACUGCUCUCGACACAUUUGGCGCAUGAGAUUUUCUGCUAAAGAUGCUAAGAGUGCUGUCACUGUCCGGAUCAAUGCCAACCCUUCUGGUCUGUCUUGCAGCCCACGGAGGAGUGAUGACGACAAGGAUGUCAUCUGUCACUAUCAGUCAGACUGCUGUUCUCCUUAUGCAGAGGUCCUGGUCAGUGAUGAAAGUGGGAAUACAGACACAUUCACUGUGGACUACAGACAACCAAAACCCACUGCAGCCUACUAAGCUGCAUCACGUGAAUAUCCUUAUGGCUAAUAGGCUAUGGAAGGUCACGUUGCUAGUUUUGUGGCACCAUUAUAUUGGGAAUAAGAUACCACCCAAAGCCCAAACUGAUCAAUGAUAACCUGGCCACAUCUGCC